GUUUGUUUGGUUGGUUGUUGGGUUGUUGGGGUGUUUAUGUGUUUGAUGACUGUUCCUCCUUUCCCUGUAGCUAUAAAUGGAUCCUUGUAAUCCGUCGCCAUGGUUUAAAUCGAGAUAACAUUUGGACAUCACCCAUUGUGACCUCUUUAGGUCGGACAAACCUUAACUGUUUGUUUUGAAAGUAGCUGACAACACAAAAUGCCGCUACUAUUUCAAAUUCAUCACUUCUCUGCCUCUUCUCUCUGGCAGGAAACCAUACUAAUUUAUUUAUCAGAAAAUGCGAAAUUUAUGAAUUUAUAAUGAAGCUGAAUUACAUGACUGCGACCGCAGUGCUCAAUAAAGAUGAAUUAUGCGUGCCAGAGACACUAAUAUUAAUUUGAAAGGCCAUACGCUCCGUUCUUUGAUGUGAGCAAGGGGUUUUUUUUUUCAGUUUAAAUGGCAGGAAGUUUGGAGUGCCAUUUUUCAUUUUAUGUCUAAUGUCAUUGCAUUGUCCAGUGAAUUAUUUUGUGAGUCGAUAUGCGUCAUUUUGUUGGGCUUUUUUUUGUUGUGGUGGUGUUGCCACGGUAACUUGGACAUUUAUAAUAAAAUAGCCUCGUCCACACUGUACGUACAACAAUACACUUCCUUCAGUAGUAGAAGGUUUGACAGCAGAAUAAUGAUUUCUAGCAGAUUCCUUUUGCUGUGCCCUCCAAGUUACUACAGAUAAAUGUACGAGUGAAUCUGAAGUACGGCCUUGGCAAAGGCCGCAAGGAGAAGGACACUUGCACGGCCUGUGCUGGUACCAUGAUCUUGGAGUUUGCUGCCCUCAGCAGGCUGACUGGCGACCCGAUCUUUGAGGAAAAGGCGCAGCAUGUGAUGAGAACGUUAUGGUCCAAACGCCAACGCCAUAGCAACCUAGUGGGCACCGUGAUCAAUAUUCAUAAUGGUGACUGGGUCAGAAGAGACAGCGGAGUUGGUGCUGGCAUCGACUCCUACUACGAGUAUCUCUUGAAGGGCUACAUUCUUCUGGGUGACGACAGUUACUUGGACAAGUUUGCCGCACACUACGACGCCGUUAUGCACUACAUCAGCGACGGUCCCAUGUUGCUGGAUGUCCACAUGCACAAGCCAACAACGCGGACCAGAGCUUUCAUGGAUGCUCUGCUGGCAUUCUGGCCCGGACUUCAGGUUUUAUUUGGCGACAUCAAGCCGGCCAUCGAGACUCAUGAGAUGUUGUACCAGGUCACGCAGCGACACAACUUUCUUCCAGAGGCUUUCACCACAGACUUUGAUGUGUACUGGGCCCAGCACCCACUCCGUCCCGAGUUUGCCGAGAGUAAUUACUUCCUUUACAAAGCCACGGGAGACCCGUACUACCUAGAGGUGGGCAAAGCGAUCGUGGAGAGCCUUCAGCUGCACGCCAGGGUUGGCUGCGGCUUCGCCGGCAUUAAAGAUGUCCGCACCGGCACGCAUGAAGACAGAAUGGAUUCGUUCUUCCUUGCCGAGACCUUCAAGUACCUCUAUCUGCUCUUUGCCGAGCCUGAGGACCUCCUCAUACCCAUCGAUGACUACCUCUUCACCACAGAGGCCCACUUGCUUCCCCUGACCCUCUCCAGGGUCAGGAGCCCGUCCAACGAUACCGCAGCCAACAGCACACACCAUGAGGCUGACCGUGAUUCGCCCCUGGUCGCCACCAUUGAGAUGCAGGCCUGCCCUAACCACAACUACAUGACGAACGACGGGCAGGGCUUUGCGGAAUCCAUCCGAGCCGCGCUGCAACUGAAGAACAAAGAGGAGAAAUGCCCGACCAGCAAAGGAAGGUCGCGACUACGAGCCACGCAGUUCGUCCCCGGUAAUGAAAUGCACAUGAAGUUACUCAAACGGAUGGGGAUCAGCUUGAUGACCAUGAAGGAUGGCCGCGUCCAGCUCAUGCACUCUGCCGCUCAGGCAGCUACUCCAGAGGAUGCUGAAGAUGGAAUGCUGUUCAUGCAGGAGAUGAUUGAGCUGUCCAAGACACAGCAGGCUGAAGUGGAGUACCAGCCCAGGGUGGUCCAGCUUCUCUCCCCACAAUUCCUGAGCGGUGUCACAGCCACGGCGGGCCCUGCCCAGUUUGGCCUGGACCUCACUGGCCAUGGAGGGGUUCCAGGGGCUGUGGUGAUUGUUGAGCCCUUCACGGCUUGCGUGGAGCCCAAGAACAAGGAGGCAUUGCGGGGGAAGAUCGCCCUCGUGCAGCGAGGUGACUGCAUGUUCAUUGACAAGGGCAAAGUCAUCGAGCGAGCGGGGGCCAUCGGCGGCAUCGUCAUGGACAACGUGGCGGACUCCAGCAGCGAGAAGUCGGCCAUGUUCUCCAUGUCCGGGGACGGCAGCUUGGACGUGACUAUCCCCAUGGUGUUCCUGUUCUCCAAGGAAGGGGCUUUCCUCAAGGACAUAGUGGAGGGCCACAGGGGAGAGGUCCAAGUCAUACUGCUGGAGAAGGCCAAAACUUCAGAGGAAAUCAAGAAAUACAUGGAAGACCUCACCGCUUCUGGGAUAAAUCUGUCCGACCCACUACCCAGACCAGACGCCGAAGAUCAAGGGUUGCCCAAAGACUGGGUUCAGGAAAAAAAAACAGUAAAUGUCAACGUGGAAGUCCUAGUAGAUGAUCAGAUAGUCGAGAUCAACAAGGCCCUGUACUCCAAGGAUUGGAGGACUAUCUCGGAAGGGAAGACAGGACAGGGGAGCUGUGCCACAAGGAGUAAAGCACAAGAGCAAGAACAGCCACAGCAGCGAGAGCAUCGACAGCAGGAUCGAGAAUGCCAGAAACAGCAGCAACAGCCCUCGCAGCAGCAGCAGUCUACUCAACAGCAGGAGGAGAGCGGCAGCAUUAAGAUGCAAGCGACCAUCCACUCCCCUCAGGUGGUCACGCACAUGCAGCAAGAAUCAAAGCAAGCGACCCAAACCUCAGGCGCAAGCGUGAAUCCGCAGCAGCAGCAGCAACCACAGCAGCAGAAACAGCAACCUGAUGAGCAGAGGAAACUCUUUGUUGAAGGUGAUGAGGCAGAUGCCCUGAUCCGCAACUUAGUCAGAGAAGGCAAGAUCUCGCUGGACGGCGAGGAGUUGUCAGAGGAAGGGAGUGAGCAGUUUAUCUCCACCCUGGGGAUGGAGGAACUCCAGAAGAGCUUUGAUGGCCUGAUGCGGGAGUACCUGAGGACCGAGAACGGGAACCUGUACCGCCAGCGGCGAGCAGAGGCCGCACUGCGGCACAGCAUGGACGCCUACACGGGUCCGCCAAGCGACACCCAAGACACUCAACAGUUGCCGGAGAAAGAUUUGCAGGACCAGCUGGAGCAGAUCCAAGAGGAGUUCAUGAAAUUUGAGAGUGUGCGACUAGGCCUGGAUAAAUUUAACCCUCUCCAUGACAAUGCUGAGGGGAUAAACGGAGAUCUCCCUCUUAGUCUAGAUCAGCUACCUGAGGAGCUACAGUCGUUGUUGAAUGGAAUAGGGCCAGAAGGAGGGAACUCCCCCCAAAGGGAGAUCAAGACAAACCCAGUCAAAGAAACCAGUAGAACUAGUAAGCAGGAUAGUAGUGGAAACCAGGAAGCUGUCCAGCAUAUACAAGUGAUGCAGCCAACUCCAAUACCAUCUCAGGAAGGACUAAGUCAGUACAGUAUUGAGCGCACUGUUGUAGCUGAUACACCUGGCCAGCAGGAGAACAUUCAGCCAGGGGCACCUGUGGAAAGAAAUCCAGCAGCAGGUGAGCACAAAGCAACGGGUGAUCAGCUGAAGGAGAGUAUACCAAGGACUGCACCUGCAGGUGUGCAGGUGCAGGCUAGGGAACAGGUGCAGCAAGGCUUGCACAAACCAACAGGUGUUCAGGCGGAGGGGAGUAUACCAAGGACCACACCUGCACCUGCAGGUGCGCAGGUGCGGGCCGGGGAACAGGGGCAGCAGAGUGCCCGCCUCGAUGCGCAGCACCUAGAGGUGCAGCGGCACCUGGAGGAGGUGCAGGAGCGCCAGCGCAGGCAGCGGGACCUGCUUCAGCAGCAAGCCACACAGAACCAGGCGCUGCAGGAGCAGGCGCGACACCUGCAGGCCACGCCAGCGCAGCAGCACAGGGCCACUCAGCGAUCUCGGUCAUCACCUGGCAUUUCUAACCAAGUGAAAACAUCACCAGAUGCCCAGACGGACACCUCAUCAGACAGCCGGACAGAGAAAUCCCAACAGAACCAGCCAAACCCUUAAAAAAUAAAAAAUUGCCAUCAUUAACAAGAAAUAAAAAUCAUUUUUUUUCUUGGAAAAAAAAUGAGAUGACCUAGCUUGAAAGAAUUUACGUGCUGAUGCUUCACUUUAAUAAUGAACCUUAGCAUAUCCAGUGUUCAGCAAAUUUGGAGAAAAGUCUCCUGUCUAGUUCAUUUUCAAAAGUUUCUAAAUUUCAAGCAUCUCAAAACCAGACCACUUUAGAAAUGAAGUUGGCAUGCACAAAAGAUGCUGUCACAUUCAAUUGUAACUUCUCACCAAAACACUAAUUGUCUUCCUUAAAGAAAAAAAACCAGAAAUUUCAAGCCAGUGGCCAUUUUAGCUACAGCAGUGAUUAAGAUCAUGAAUGAGCAGUUUUCGAAAAAAAAAAAAAAUUUCACGAAGUUAUAGAGUACCGAAGUGAAUACGUCACACGUACAAUUAGUGUGUAAAAGGCAUUAGCGUGAGAACCAGUGAGUGAACCAACACGCUCGCGUACUCCAUUCGUUUGCACUGCACUUUCUGGUUCACAGUGACGUCACACUUCGGUACUCUAUGUGCUGCUGAGGUAGUUUGAAUGCUCAGGUACAUGUAUCUAUUUGCUGAUUCUUUUUACAUGGGCAAUGAUGGCAGCUAGUUCCUUGAAGGCGUCGGGCCUUCCAGUGCAUUACAGUACUUGUAUUAUUCAAUAAAAAUAAUGAUAUUAAAGCAUUUAUAAGGCGCACAGUCUAUGUAAUUCAAAGGUGCCAAUAUGUCAUCAUGGGCUCACAUCAUCUGAACAUUCCUGAAACCAUCUCAGCUCCCUGGGGAGUAUACUCGCCUGAUUCUGCCAUUUCUGGUGCAAACAGCUGAACAAGGUAUCGAUAUCUGCCGUCACGGAUACCCAUUUACUCCUGGGUGGAGAGAGGCAUGAACGAGCACAGCGACUUGCCCAAGAUAACAACCUGCUGCCAGCAGUUGGAUUCGAACCCCCAACCCGAAGAAAAAAAACACCUCCAAUGUCGAAUUAAGUUUUCAAAAACUUGGUUCGAAGAAGGAAAUAUUAACGUCCUCCCAGAAGUCAUAGAUUUUGGAGAUUUUUCAUUAUUGAUUUUUCCGUAAUUGUUGCGACUUUGUGGUGACAGAACCAAGAAACCAUUUGUGGGACAUUUUUAAUAUUUGGGGGGGGGUUGAAGUUAAAGCAAAUAGCGUAGAGGUAAAAACUUGGGGAUGCCAGUCAAGAUGUAGGGGUUCUGCCUUGCGUGCAGUUCACGGUAGAAUUAUUUCUUGGCAUCUAAUCAAUGACAUGAAAUGCUUGAAAGUUGAAUUAACGUAUAUGGUGUGUAUUUUUCCUGAAGGCCUUUUUGGGUUUCGAAAGCCACUUUUUUUACGGAAGCACUCUUGGAAAAUGUGCUUUGUUUGCGUAGGUAUUGGGGAGCAGUUACAGCAGAUUACAGAAACUGCAUUUUUAGUAAAUGAGGGCAAUUUUUGAAAAUAAAUACAAGGGCAUCAAAAGUGCAAUGAUUUAAGGUUUAUACAAUAUAAAAUAUAUUUAAAACAUGGUAUUCCCUUUCCAGUGCAAGGGCAAUUUCUCCAUGUUCUAACAUAUCAGCUUACAUUAUUAUACAUGUAUUUUAUGAUUUGUUCUAUUUAAUUUUAAAUCCUUAACCCUAACAGUCCUCAGUCCUCCAACAGGUGAAGGAUUGAGGAGUGAUAGGGUUAAUUACCUGUGAAAUGGUUGGGUACCUUCAGACCUGUGGCCGUGUGUUAUUUUUGUCGUGGGUAGAUACUAUGAAAAUUUCAGACCAUUUUUUUUUGGGGGUGGUGGGGCAUCUCAUCAGAAAUUGGCUUGGGGAAUUGUGUUUUAAAUUUCAUGAAAGUCAACAGGUUACUUGUUUGUAGUGCAUGCAUAUACAUGUACGCAGCUUCCCACGCAGGAAUACUAUGAUAAGAGAUGGUAAUAAGGAGAUAUUUGUAGGAAGGGUGGGGUUGUAAACCCCCCCUCCCAAAGUUUUUAUUACAAGAUCCUUUUUGCGUGGUGCAAAUGUGUUCUUCAAGAUGUUCCGGGUGUAAAUAUUGAAUUUUUUUGCUUUGAGAUGAGGGACGGUCUUCCCUUGUGUAGCGGCACAGUGGCAUGCCGGAAAUCUUUCAUCUAAACAUUUGUGCGUGAUGUCGAAGAGUUAAUCUACCGACCAGGGGAAAAAUGUAAAGUGGAUUUUUGCAUAUGUGGGUUUUGUGUGGAAAAGUUUAUUUGAAGGGUAUUUAGAGCGGAAAGGUUCGUUGUGAUUUUUUAUUUUUCGUGAUCCCCUAUCCAGCAGUUUUGAAGUCUUUAGGUUUUCAGAUAUUCCACACAUAUGAAACAAAUGUAAAUGUCAGAAAUGUUUAACUGCAACUAACAAAGUUCUCAAACAAAAUAUGUUAUCAUAAUAGACUCUCUAGUUUGAUUCCUGACCAAUUUAUUUCAGUUUAGUUCAUAGUUAUUUAUAUAUACAUGUAUAUGGAAACGAACUUGGUGUAUUUUUAGUUCACUUCACUUUUAGUGAAGUUGGAAUGUUGGGUUCAUUGUUUGUAUAUAUGUAAAAUUACAGGGCAAAAAUAUCGCUGUUUUGAGCUUACAUAAUCAUGGUCAUCGGGAAAAUUCAAGUAAUAUAUUCUACUGUUUCUACCUUCUCAUGUUGGGAAGUUUUUUCACUUAAAAAACUGAGCUGUUUCAGUGGCCCGAUAGGAAAGUUUUUCCUUUUGAGCCACUGGCACAUGGAAUAGGGAGAGCCUUCCAGCAUUGCAAUGCAACUUGUCAAAGUGUGGUUUGUUAGCCGUGGUUUGUUAGGGAUUCAGGCCUGGCCUGCAGUUGGUGUCACUUUGUUGUGUGUUAGGACCCAACCAAGUAUAAUUGCGUUGGGCAUUAUCCAUCUAGGAAAAUCUUCGAAAUUUUUUUCCUUUUAGAUUAAGAUUAUUGGUUUCACCAUUUUACUUUCCCUUGAACCAUUUUACAACAGUUUUUAUUUCCAGGCGAAUUUGAAUGGUCAUCAGCCCAAACAUAUUAAACCAGUUAUGUGUUUGUUUUCAGUGUUUUUCAUGUCAUCUAUUUGAUUUUUAAAUUAAACUGUCAUGUCUUUUUUAACAUGUUGCAGUUUGGGGGAAUAUUUUCACACUUUAUGUUGGCCUUUUCUUUUAGAGGGUAAUUCAUUUAGAAACCUUAUUACUUUAGUUCGUUUUUUUUCCUUUUAAUUAAUCAUUAUUCUCAUAGAUACUUCAUAGCCUCAAAGACACUGUGAUAUAUUUAAUGUACAUGCAUACAUGUGAUUAAGUUUUAUUUUUAUAUCUGUUACAUUGGUAAUGUGAAAUCCACCUCAUGUAUUUAAAUUCGCCUGAUGUGCAUUUCAUUUCAUUUAAAAAAAGGAUAACCUUUUUUAAUGUGAGACUGCAUGUGUUGACAAAUUUCCCUGUUGUAUUUGCAAAAGUGUGUAAAAUCCGAGACACUGUUUGGUCUAAAAUGUUUGUUCUGUGAUUUGUGGAAUGAGGAAAAAGGGAUCAAAUGGAUUGAAUAAAAAAAUGACAAAGUCCAA